AUGCUGCUCCGCUCCAUCGCGUGCCGCGCUCCGACUCCCGCGGCGCUCGGCGCCGAGUUCGCCAAAGAAAUAGCGGCCGCCGGCGCGCCCGACGCGCUGCUGUGGCUCACGGACGCGAGCGACGCGGCGUUCGUCGCGCGAGCGGCCGCGGACGCGUGCGGCGCGGCCGUCGGCGCGCGGACGGCCGGCGGCCUCGUCGGCGGCGGCCGCGAGCACUACGGGCCGCCGGAGGGCCCCGAGCCGCGCGUCGUCGGCGGCAUCGCGACGGAGAGCGAUCUGUACCUCGGCGGCGACGCGCUCGACGGCGGCGUCGUGGGGCUCGCGCUGCACGGCGCGACGCUCGACGCCGUCGUCGGCCAGGGCGCGACGCCCGUCGGGCCGGCGUUCAAAGUGACGGCGUGCGAGGGGAACGUCGUGCGGGCCCUCGACGGAUCGGACGUCGGCGCGGCGCUCGACCCGGUCCUCGCGGACUGGAACCCGAUGAUGGGCGACCUGAAGAUCGGCGUCCGCGUGCCGACGCGGGCCGCCGCGGACGGCGGGCCCGCGCGCGCGGACGCGCCGGACGCCUACGUGGUCCGGCAGCUGCUCGGCAUGAACCGGGAGGCGUCGGCGCUAGCGAUCGGCGCGGCGCCGGACCUCCUCGCGGCUGAGGACGUCGCGAUCCAGCUGCACGCGUUCGGGCCGCAGGCGGCGAAGCGCGAGCUCGAGGACGCGGCGGCGCGGCUCACGGGCGGCGCGGGCGGGCUCAUUGUGCCCUGCGUCGGCCGCGGGCCCGCGCUCUACGGCGAGGCCGACGUCGAGAGCCGGGCGCUGGCCGCGGCGCUCGGGCGCGAGCUCGAGCUCGCGGGCUUCUUCGCGAACGGCGAGAUCGGGCCCGUGGGCGCGCGGACCUUCGUGCACACGUUCUCGACGGUCGUCGGGCUGCUGCGCUAG